AUGCCCUCAAGACCUGUAUCCCGAGCCUCCCGAACUUCCCGCUCAAAAUUACGUCCCUCCCUCGACCCCCACGUCUCCCGCCCUCCCCCAUCAGCACCUCACCCACCCCGCUCCUUCCGCGAACACUUCUUCCACUCCAUAACCCCUUACUCAGGCCCCUACCAAGUCGCCUUCCUCGAAAUUGAAGUUCCCGUCCGAUCACCCCGUCAUUUCAGCCGCAUCAAGCGCAAUGGGUCCUACGCCCUCAAGCUCGACACCGUCCUCUUCGCCGUCUACUACCCCACCGACAACUCUGACCUCCCACGCAGCGAGCGGCGGAGUCUCCACCGCAGGUCCAGAACACCAUUAUCCAGAGUCCCUUGGCUUUCUCGACCCAGAGCGGAGACAUGCAAGGGCUAUGCGAGGUUCUUCAACGUGCCGUAUAUUCCCAUAACGGCGUAUAUGGCUGCGACGAGUAUGUUUACCAAGUUGCCUGUUUUGAGAAAUGGGAAGAUCUCGUCACGGUGGCCACCUGCUGUUGAGGAGGAUGAAGAAGAGAAGGUUACUACGGAAAAUAUUCCUCCUGCGAAGGGCGGUAUAGAGGCGAAAGAGGAGCAAGAAAAUGGAAAUAGUUUGAGCCAGAAUACACUUGUAGAUGGCGGGGAAGCCUGUGAGGCAGAUAAACAAGAUGGCAAGCCAAAGUUCCCGGUGAUCAUGUUCAGCCAUGGUCUUGGCGGGUCCCGAACACUGUACAGUUCUAUAUGUGGAGAACUGGCUAGCUUUGGCUUCGUGGUUGUCGCUUUGGAACAUCGCGACGGCAGUGGUGCCAGAACGUUUGUCAACAAGGCUGGUUCCGACCCAGAUCUCGAUAGUCAAGGCCUUGACAGAUCGCCCGGGCCACCAAAGGACGAGAAGAAACAACAUAAGAAAAAUAGUGGACGGGACAAGCCGUACUACAAAGUCGACUAUAUCUUCCCCAAAGAUAACGCCCAAGAUACUUCACCACACAACUCGCGUGGCGUUGAUACAGAGCUUCGUGAAGCCCAGAUUGAAAUGAGGAUGGCUGAAAUCGAGGAGGCUUUCCACGUCUUGCAGCUUAUAAACAACGGAAAGGGAGAUGCUGUGCGCACAAGGAACCUUAGGAAGAAAGGGAAUGUCGGUGCCAGCUCACUGGGGCUCGAUGGGAUCGACUGGGAUGAAUGGACAGAGAGGCUUUACUUGGAAAAUGUGACAAUGAUGGGUCACAGCUUCGGAGGCGCGACCUCAGUGCAGGCCUUGAGGUCCGAAAGACUUGAUUGGCUCUCCCAGGGCAUCCUACUUGACGCAUGGGGUCCGGCAACUCCUGAGAGCACGGAGCGGGAACGGCUUCGGAAACCGAUACUAUCUGUCGGGAGCGAGGCGUUCAUGCACUGGACGGAAAAUUUCGAGCGCGUCGAGCGAACAUGCCACGAGGCCCGUGACGGAGGUGCUCCAUGCUGGAUGACGACGAUACGAGGAUCAACACACCUGUCCCAAACUGACUUUGCUGUUCUUUAUCCAAAGUGGAUGUCAGUGUUUAUGAAGACCAUUGUGUCUUCGAAACGGGCCAUAUACCUGACGGUACACUCGGCACUUGAGUUCUUGAAAAUAACGCUGCCACCACAACAGACCCGAUUCCAAAAGUCCUGGGCAGAUGACCAACUUCUCAGCAAGGCCGAUCCCGGGAUGGAGAUCGAACUGGACAACCGGCCAAAUGACAAGUGGGUCGCUGCCCGGCUGAGAAUUCCCCACGAAUUCAGACAGCGGCUCAAGAGGACUGUCAAGCCGAAGAAGAAGUCCAAUGUCCCACGGGAUGCCUCGGGAAAGCCCCUGAAAGGUCUUGCCAGCUGGGGGGUUGGGCAGGAAAUCUGGUGCCAUCAACGCCCUGAGCAGGAUGUGCUUGACCGGUACAUGGAAGAAAACGGUUGGUCGCCUCAGUAA